AUGGAUACCUCUUCGCCAUCACUUCAUCUUCUUCUUCUCGUCCUCCUCUGCUUGCGCUUGGAUCCCACAGGAGCCGCAGCCCAACAAAAGAACCAAUUCAUCUUCAACGGCUUCAAAGAAGCCAAACUCCACCUCGAUGGCAACGCAAAAAUACUACCUGAUGGCCUCUUGCAGCUCACCAACACUUCCAAACAUAAAAUAGGCCAUGCCUUCUACUCAUUCCCCAUAAGCUUCUCCGAUGGCCUUUCCUUCUCCACCACCUUCGUCUUCGCCAUGGUCCCCGAAAUAGAGAACAUCAGCGGCCACGGAAUCGCCUUCGCCAUCUCGCCUCCUGCGACUGACUUCCGAACAGCCAACACAAACCAGUACCUAGGUCUCCUCAAUGCCUCCGACGACGGCCUAUCAUCGAACCAUCUUUUAGCAAUUGAGCUCGAUACGAUCUUCAACCCCGAGUUUGGAGACAUUGACGACAACCAUGUGGGGAUUGAUCUGAACAAAUUGUCAUCAAUUGCUGCUGCUUCUGUCGCUUACUAUGACGAAAGAGUAAACAGGAGCUUGAAGCUUAUUAGCGGUAAGCCAAUGCAGGUCUGGAUUGACUAUAGAGAAGUGCGGAAUCUGAUGGAUGUGAGAAUAGCUCCCUUGGGAACCCAGAAACCAAACCGGCCUCUGCUUUCGAAACCCAUCAAUCUGUCUUCGAUUAUUUUGAAUUCUAUGCAAGUUGGCUUCUCUUCUUCCACUGGAGCAAUUGCGAGUAACCAUUACAUCCUAGGUUGGAGUUUCAGUAAGACAGGGGAAGCCCAGAGCCUUGAAAUCUCGAAGCUUCCUUCGAUUCCGAAAAACAGAAAACGAAAUUGGACAACUGGGGGGCUUUCCGUCUCCCUGAUUAUAGUGUCUGUGCUGCUGGUUUUUGCAGUAACAGGAGUUGUUUAUUCCUUGAGGAGAAAGAAGUACGAAGAAAUACACGAAGAUUGGGAAAGGCAAUACGGGACUCAUAGGUUCUCCUACAAGGAUCUUUACAGAUCAACCAACGGCUUCAAAGAAACAGAGCUUCUUGGCGUUGGGGGCUUUGGUAAGGUCUACAAAGGAAUAAUCCGCUCUUCCAAACAACAAAUCGCCGUGAAGAAAGUCUCGCAUGAUUCAAAGCAAGGAAUGAAGGAGUUCGUGGCCGAAAUCGCCAGCAUAGGAAGAUUAAGACACCGGAACUUAGUUCAGCUCCUUGGGUAUUGCCGGCGAAGGGGAGAGCUUUUGCUGGUUUACGACUUCAUGCCCAACGGAAGCCUCGAUAAGUUACUUUUUAAGAAGCAAAAGCCGGGCCUGAACUGGGCGCAGCGCUUCAGAAUCAUAAAGGGAGUGGCCUCAGCUCUUCUCUACUUGCAUGAAGAGUGGGAACAAGUGGUUCUCCACAGGGAUAUCAAGGCCAGCAACGUGCUACUAGACGCCGACCUAAACGGGCGGCUGGGGGAUUUCGGAUUGGCCCGGUUGUAUGACCACGGGGCAAACCCGGACACGACCCACGUGGUGGGCACGGUGGGGUAUCUUGCACCGGAGCUAACUCGAACGGGGAAAGCAACCACGAGCACUGACGUGUUCGCCUUCGGCUCAUUCCUGCUCGAGAUAGCGUGUGGGAGACGGCCGAUCGAGCCACGUGGCACGCCGGAGGCAUUACUUCUGGUGGAUGGGGUGUUAGAGAAAUGGAAAAGUGGAGUUGUUCUUGAAGCAAGCGAUCCGAAUUUGGGAGGGGAGUAUUCGGAGGAGGAAAUGGGUUUGGUGUUGAAGUUAGGCCUGCUUUGUUCUCAUUCAAGUCCGGCGGCAAGGCCUAGCAUGAGGCAGGUAUUGCAGUAUCUUGGCGGCGAUGCGUCCAUGCCCGAAGUUAUGCUGGAUACCGCCGGUGAAGGAAGCUUCGGGGUGGAUAAUAAGAUGUGCUAUGAAUUUCCGUUGUCGUGUCUUUCGUCAAACGUGAUGUCUUCUUCUGCUAUAUCUGUAGCUACCAUCACCAAUGAGUCCUUGCUCAAAGGUGGUCGCUGA